CUGAAACUGCAGCACGUCGACUUCUGGGCCAGCCUCCAUGGCCAGGUCCCGGGGUUGCUGGACUGGGACAUGGGGAACGAGUCCUUUCUGGCCUUCACCACGUCGCACCUGCCCUUAGCCGAGCAGAACCUUGCCAGAUAUAAACUCCAAAUAGUUGAGCCACCAAUGCUACCUCUGGGGGAAAAACCCAACCCUGAUAAAGAUGGUCCAGAUUUUGAGCCCAACCUGUGGAUGUGGAUAGACCCCAACAUCAUGUUCCCCCUUGGAAAGCUGGAGGUCCCAGAACCCAGUAAGGGGAAGAAUCUGACAACCACAGCUCCCUCCCUUCAGCCAGUCCCAAAAGAAGACUUUGCCAAAUGCCCGGAGGCCACAGAGGUGGAGUCGCUGUCACCUCCUGGAGACCAGUCUCCCCCUUGGAAGCGGUUUGCCACCUCCCCCAGCAACUGGGAGCUCACAGAAGAGGAGGAGGCCGAGGACCAGGAUGACCGCUCCUCUGUGGCUUUCCCAUCCUCUCACAAACCGGCCGCCCUCCAGAGUCGGAGGCUUCGGCAAGCCAACAGCCAGGAGAGGAGGCCCUGGUCCCGGCCCCCUCUCAAUUACUUCCACCUAAUUGCACUGGCAUUAAGAAACAGUGCCCCCUGUGGCCUCAACGUGCAACAGAUCUACAGUUUCACUCGACAACAUUUCCCCUUUUUCCGGACGGCUCCUGAAGGCUGGAAGAAUACUGUGCGUCACAAUCUCUGUUUCCGAGACAGCUUCGAGAAGGUGCCGGUCAGCAUGCAGGGUGGGGCCCGCUCACGGCCCCGAUCGUGCCUCUGGAAGUUGACUGACGAGGGACACCGCCGCUUUGCAGAAGAGGCCCGUGCCUUGGCCUCCACCCGGCUGGAAAGGAUCCGACAGUGCAUGAGCCAGCCAGAUGUGAUGUCCUCCCUCUUUGACCUUUAG